AAGGGAGGAGAUGAGCCCACGUUUGAAGCGCCUGAGCGAGUGAGCAAGAGAGAGAGAGAGAGAGAGAGAGAGAGAGAGAGAGAGAGAGAGAGAGAGAGAGAGAGAGAGAGAGGUUUUGGAAGGGGCAUGAUGGAGGAGGCUAGGGGAGGGAAGAGCAUAAUGCAGGCUGUGGAGGCAGCGUUUGCGGAGACAGACAGCACGGUGAUACUUGGGAUCAAGGUUUCAAAGAGUCAGGCAGCAUGGGGAGGGGUGGUAAGGAAGGGACGGAUGACAAGCAAGCCACGCAUCUUGGCGAUCACAGCAAAACGAUCAGCAACCACCCAAAAGUUCAAAAUAAAGAUGCAUGCGCUGAAACCAGCAACCGGCAGUGGAUUGCCACAAAUGUCGAAAGAGUAUAAGCUGAAACAUCUGGUCAGGGUGGAGGCUGUGGAAGGAGACAAGUCAGGGUUAGGAUUCGUUCUUGUUUUUGAUAACUCGAAGGGCAUCCCGGCGCAAUGGAGUUGUCGAAGUAUAGAAGAUCGCAACGGGUUGUUUGUGACCUUACGGCAGCUGAGCAAGGACCAUCUCGGCCGUGUCCCAAGCCUGGUGGGAUUCGACUUGGUGGAACUGGCUCUCUGGGCCCAGUCGAAUGCAAAGCCCCUGCCGAUCGCUGGUACUUUGGAGACGGCUAGAAAACUGGGAGAGGCAGGUGAGUCUGUGCGGCUUGCAGAGAACGCUGUCCAGGUCGUUGGGCAGCAUGACCUUGUCUCUGCUCAGGAAGAGAAAGACAUGGAGGCUCUGCUUGGUACGUAUGUGAUGGGGAUCGAUGAGGCGGAGGCCUUCUCUGAGCGUCUGAAGAGGGAACUUAGUGCCCUGGAGGCUGCCAAUUUACAUGCCAUCUUGGACAACGAGCCGAUGGUUGAGGAAAUAAUCAAGGGGCUUGAGAAUGUCGCGACCAACGUGGAAGACAUGGACGAAUGGCUGCAUAUCUUCAACAUAAAGCUGAAGCACAUGAGGGAGGAUAUUGAGAUGAUCGAGAGACGGAACAACAUGCUGGACAGGCAAGAACAGAAUACUCGCGGUUUGCUCGGAGAGCUUGACAAGCUGCUGAAUAAGCUUCAUGUGCCACCGGAAUAUGCAUCGCUGCUGGUGGAGUCUCCGUUUGACGAGCCGCUUAUCAACACCAACUGCGAGGCGGCGGACUGGUUGGUGAAGGCACUGAUGCAGCUUAGCUCGUUCAGCAAGGACCCUCUCUAUUCGCAGAUGAGGGUGGUCAGGGAGAAGAAGGCAGUGCUCGACAAUUUGAAAACGAUGUUCGCGCGGCGGGCCCAGGAUUUCCUGCAGGAAUACUUCAUGAAGAUUGUCGAUUUCACGCCUCCAAGGCAGCAAGGCUCUCUUCCCAAGGGGGGGCCUUUGCGAGGAGGGGUCGAUCACAGUGACCUGCAGUGGAACUUGAAGUCGUAUGCACGGUUGAUUCAGUACUUGAAGGCGCUGGACGAAGCGUCCCUCCAGGCUCUUCGCAAAUCAUACGCCUCGGCGAUGAACCACCUGCUACGGCGAGAGAUGAGAGAUACUGCAAACGAGCUAAAGAAUUCGGUAAAGGUGCCAGCAUCCCGGGCAACGUCAUGGCUAGAGAGCGGUGCACCGAACCCGAAUAGCAGUGACAGCACAUCUGGUGUGUCAGAUGUGUUUGCGCGGAUGCUCCAUGUGUUUCUGCCCCUCUUCGUGUCGGAAAGCAUGUUCUUUGCCGCCUUCAUGUGCUUUGAUGCAUCUCCUGCGGUCCCUUCUUCUUUGAGAGGGGGGAGCAAUACCACCAAGGAUGAUGACGACGAUGAUGACGUUUCGCCGAUGGCACUGGAUGGCUCCGAUGCAAAGCCGCCUGCACCAACUGACAAAGAGGUCCGGGAGUUGAAUUCAGCCCUCGACUUGCUAUUUGCAGGUAUGCAGGAUGAGCUCAUCGCAGUUGCAGACUGGGCAUGCAAGGUGGAUCCUCUCCGCUGCAUCGCCAUGCUGGGCGUCAUGGAUAGAUGUCUCAUAUCGCAGUCCAAAGAACCAGGGAGUUUUCUCUUCAAAAUGCUCAAAUCGCUGCAGGAAAGGAUUAACCAGAACUUUGACCGGUUUGUAGAUGAGAUGAGUCACUCGAUUGAGAGGUACGAUCGCAAUAUGAAGACAACAGGGGUGUUGCCGUAUUUCCAACGAUUCGAGGCCCUGGCUCAGAGAAUGGAAUGCCUUGUCAAGAACAAGUCAAGGGACGCAGUUGACCGUGCGUACAAGAAGAUUGUUGCGAACAUGUUCGAAGUGCUCGAGAACAUUGCGAAGGCGGAUCCAAAGCACGCGGACGUGUUGCUCUUAGAAAACUAUGCAGCCUUCCAGAACUCCACGUACGAAAUCGCGCAGCACGUGCCGACGUUGGGCGAAUAUUACCACCGUGCCAGCAGUGCGUACGAUGCUGCGUGUCAGCGCUACAUCACUGCGAUAAUUGAUCACCAGUUUGGCAAACUCUUCGAGUUUGCGAAGAAAAUUGAAGAGAACCUGCUGUUUCAGCGGACUCCCGAAGAGAUUUCUUUCCAGCCGAACUUGACGAGGGCAGACCUGCGCAAACUGCUCAAGGCGACGCUGUCCGCGAGCCCAGGCGUGGAGAAACUGCUGCAGACUAUGUACAAGAGGAUGCAGAAGCACAUCUCUCCGGAAAUGCUGCCGCUUCUGUGGCAGAAAUGCAAGGACGACUUCUUGCGCCAGUACGAGUCUCUCGAGAACCUCAUCUCGAAAUGUUAUCCGGGGGAGGUGCUUUCGCCCUCGUGCAAUGAGAUGCGGGAGCUGUUUAAGACUGUGUGAGUCAGUAUCAACUUGCUUCUUGACUGGGCUGAGGGAACCGAAGCAGGACUCCCAAGUCGCCAACAACUGCAUACUACGGAUCGGCGUGAUGACAACGUCAAGCGCCUCUUUUUUUGCCUUGGUAGUACGUCGAGGUGCAACAAUUGUGGCUGCACACAAAAAACAAGACGUUUCCUGAAGCCUGCUGCCAAAUUCUGGAUGAACAUUUGUUGAUGAGAAUAAAGGCUGGCCCCUGCU